CAUAAGUUCAGUUCGCGUGCACCGGUGAACGAGCGCGGUCAAACUUGUUGGCGCGUAUCUGUAGUUAUUUUCAUUCAAGGCACUUCACUAGUGAUAAGCCAGCAAUCAACCCUUGAACGCUGAACGAGUAGCACGUUUCGAAAUCGAUUUUAAACUCGGCGUACUCGCAAUCGGAUUGUUCUAUCGGAUAUUUUAAAUUACAAUUGUAAAUUAAGGAUUGACGAAUGACUGAGGUGCCGUUACCAUUUCUCUGGGAUCGAGAAAGAGGCGUAAUGGAGACCUGUUACAAACUAUACACAUGGAUCAACCACACGUUACUCAUGUUGUUGGUGCAGAUGUUCUGGAAAGUUAGUCAAAUAUCGGACUAUUUUAAACAAAAGUCUGUUGAAGACAAUGAUACAAAAACUUCAUUCAUGUUCCCACCACUAUCAAAGGAAUCAAAAUUCAGAAGACACAUCAGAUCGAUGUCAGAUGUCCAAAGCAGUACACCGUACCGCCUCACCUUCAGAUCAAAAAAAGGUGUUCAUCCCACCCUCACAUAUGACUCAGACACGCGUACGAAAAAGAUAGCAUCUUACAAUCGACGUAGGCUUCAAGAUUCCUCGGACUCGAGCGACUUUGAAGCUCCAAAGCAAUUAAGCAUAGAACACAACAUCAUAAAACACUCAGACUCAAUGAGGAUUCUCUGAUUUUACUAAGAUCUGAAUGAAUGAAGGAGGCUGAAUAAUCUAGUUCAAUGCUAGUUUUUGUCUUUGACCGUGUUACAAAAUGUAACACGUACUAAUGGACUGUGCAAUUCUAGUAAACACGAUCC